GAUGGUAUUGUCAAUCCCACGGUCAGAAAGGACAUGAAGGGCUCUCAGAAGCUUUACUGCUGUCCCAUUGAGGGUUGUCCCAGGGGGCCCAACAGACCCUUCUCCCAGUUCUCCCUGGUUAAACAACACUUCAUGAAGAUGCACGCAGAGAAGAAACACAAGUGCUUCAAGUGCAACAAUGGCUACAGCACAGAGUGGGACCUGAAGAGGCACAUAGAAGACUGCGGGAAGACCUACCACUGUACAUGUGGCUGCCCCUAUGCUAGUAGGGCUGCACUGCUGUCACAUAUCUACAGGACAGGUCACGAGAUUCCUACAGAACACAGAAUUCCUCCAGUGAAAAAGCGGAAGAUGGAGAAAUUGAUAAGUGGAUCUGAAAAGAUGAAGAUCACUGAGUCAAUCUGUCAGAUCAUGCCCACAUGUAAAGAGCUGACAGAGACUGCUCUCCCCUCUGAUACAACUGUUCAUAUCCCAGACUCAGUGAAUCAGAACUCUGUCCCCCGUAAGAGCCUCCAGAAGUUGCUCCUGCCAAAACCCAAGAUGGCUUUGGUCAGUGUUCCUGUCAUGCAGCUGGCCCACCUCCCUGUUCUUCUUCCAUCUACAGAAAGCGGGGCUCUGAGGUCUGUAGUCCUGGCAGUAGACAGCCAAGGCUCUGUCAGUACCCUUCACCUCCUGCCACAAGCCACGGGAGCUGUGGUACCCCAACUUGAUGCCAAGAGUUUGGGUUUUAAGGAUAGCAUGCCUACAUCCCGCUCUAGCCUGGGGCCCAUUAGCACAGGGGUGCAGGUCAGUCUGGACCCUGCAGGCACAGAGGACUCCGCUUGCUGCCUGGCAGGACAGCGGGGAAGAAGCACCUCCACCACCAUUCAGACGGAUAAAUCGUACUUGUCAAAAAUGCCCACAGGAGUGGGGGUUGGAGAGGGAAUAGGCUUGUGCUCUGUGGGUGAGUCGUCAGUGUCAUCCUGCUCCCAAACAGAUAUCAGCGUGAGUGCCCAAGUCCUCCUGCCAGUCAGUGUUGAAACCCAGACAUUCUCAUACCGGGCCAAAGCCACAUCCACUAUUGGAGCUCAGACAGACAGCCAGUGCACGAGCCAAAUUCCUUGCUCCUCCUCAUCUGUGCCCCCAUACAAAACCAGGCAGACACAGACAUACUUUGCCAUACCACAAUCGGAGGAGAAGGCUCAGGACCAGGCAAUCAUGUGCUCUGACCUGUUUGGUGGCGAAUCCCUCAGUGUCUCCACCCAGACAGCUCUGGACAUAGAUGACACUCUGGCUGCCGCAGGAGGCAGCAUAUAUGAGGACUCAAAGUCAGCAGGUGCCAUGUGUUUUGGGGUUCAGACAGAUGAGCUUAACUCAAACAACAUGGCAGACAACCAGACCCAAACAAUGACCUUGUUAAAUGACCUGGAAAAUAUUCUGUCUGACAGCAUGUCGGGCCACCAGGUGCUCACAGAGGCCUCUGCAGGCUGUGGGUCAGGACUGGGCUCUGUUCAGGAGCAACACAAUGGCAUUGACUUUGACUUUGAAGAGUUUCUGAAUGCUGUGCACAUCCAGACGCAGACAGAGGAGAGUGAGCUGGGAGGACUGGGUGGUGAAACGCCGCUGGAGUCUCUGGACAUCCAGACCCAGACAGACUUCCUCCUGAUGGAUGAACUGGACCAAAGUGAGGGACCAAGUCGAACCCAAGCCAGCGACCUGGAGCUAUUUGAUACUCAGACUCAGACUGACCUCAAUUUCCUGCUGAGCGCUGGAAGCCACAUGCCCCUGAGCAGCAUCCUGCGACAUUCAAGCUUUUCUAUGAGCACCGAGUCCUCAGAUACAGAAACACAGACUGAUCUUCCUUCGUUUGCAACGGGGCUCUCUGCCCAGACCCCUGUCAGUCAGGGUGAACAUUCAAGGCUUCUGAACAGCACAGAGACACAGACUGUGACCAGCCAGGCUGAAGGCCUGGGACACCUCUUCCUGACGAGCAACGAAACACAAACUGUCAUGGAUGACUUCUUGUCAGCAGACCUGGCGUGGAAUAUGGAGUCCCAUUUCAGCUCUGUGGAAACCCAGACAUGUGAGGAGCUUUGCGCUCUCUUUCAGCACCCUGAGAAACCCAACAGCUGAAACCCUCUUAAAAGCUCGUGAAGCUGCCUAAGCUUUGGCAGUACAGGUUUGUCAUGUCUGCCUCUUCCUAUGAGAGGAAUCAGUCUACGCUGUCCUCCAGCGGACCACAGUCUUAGCAGUAAGAAGUCUCCGCAAACGUCUUUGAACAUUCCACUGGAGACAUCGUGUCCAGAGCCUUUCCAGGUGUAUGUCCUGACAGCUCCGCUGCACUUUAUUAGCUCAAUGGGCAUGAUUUAUCAGCUCCUGUGACAGUUUACAUAUUUAUUUGCACAUAAAGUAACAUAUUGUAAGUGUCUUGUCUGAAAUGCCAGUUUACUUCUUUAUUUCAGUGUAUAACCACUGUGACUGGUUUUCACUGUUUACUAGCAGUUUAAAAAUGACUCAACAUUUCAUCAACGUUAGAUCUGCACUUAAAAGGGAUGACAUCUUCAGCUGUGUGUGGCUGUCAAGAAAAGGCUUAUAAAGUUGUUACCCUGAAUGACAGCUUUCAGAUAUGCAUACGCUGCAUUAAAACAAUUUCAUCUCAGCUGUACAGCAAACAACAUAGUGUGUGUUAAGGAUUGGUAUGUUUGGAAAUGUGCAUGAAGCCUUCACUUGGUCAGCGGCACAGAAGCAUAAAAUAUCUAUUCUCAGCUUGUGCAUCCGAUGGCUGCCUCAUUGAUGUUGCCUUGUCAGCGGCAGCAGGACUAUAAACUCUGAGUUACAUCCUGCGAGCUUUGCAGCCAGUAGAAAACUUCUCCAGUGAGAACUGUCAGCUUUAUGUUUUCCAAAAUAAAACCACAUAAAGCCUUCAACAAUGAACAAGGCAUUUCUCAACACUGUUAAGAUGCAUCUCUAAAACAGACCGUUACUCCUACAGAUGUGGCACAAGUAAAAAUGAAAUGUUUAAGUCUCGUCAGUUGUUGCACACUUUUCAUUGAAAUGUGAUAGUGAAGUAUGAUGUCGUGUAAACACUUUUUUUGUGUCUAGGCCUCUAUAGCUAAGCAGUCAGUUCAAGUCAGUAAGCAGACUAGGCUGUCAUUCUCUUUGACUUAUUCAUUAGCUGGGUGUAAGUGUAUACAGUAGCAGUACUCAGUGCUGAAGUGAUCCAGUAAUGUUACUGUACAUAAACACAUAGUGGAUUAGAGCAUGGAUUAGCAUAGAGUUAUUGUAUGUAUUCACAACCGGAUUUUGACUGAAAGGAGUCCUGUUUAAUAUCUUCCGUUAACAGCAUCCGAUUUUCCACCUUUAACAAUCAGACACAGUAUUUUAAUUUAUUUUUUAUUUUUUAUUUUCUCUAAGUGUCUAAUCAUAAACGUAAUGUUUUGAUUAUGUUUUUCAUUAUAGUGUUGCACUGCUUUACUUCAUUCAGCACAGGCACCACAUGCAGGCUAUGUUCUACUAAGGAACCUAGAGCUAUAGGCCUUGAUUAUUUGUUAAUUUAGGUGCCUUAACCCAAGUAUUAGCUUUAGUUCUGUGACAAUUUGCUGCUUAACUUUAUUAACAGAAUUAUACUAGAAAACACUGAAAAAUGAUCAGAAUCCUUUCGGUCUUUGCUUUGCAUGUUUACUCCAUCUUGUAUUUGUAUUUUCAUCAAUGGUUGCAUGAACUAUUGGAAUGUCCCUAAUUCUUCUCCAUAGUUUCUAUGGAAAGCUCCAUGUUCUGUCACAUGAAAAUAAUGCUAUGCAGCAUUUUAUUGAAGAGAAUUUGUUUGACGCCAUCUCACUAUUUUUAAUGGACAGAUUGGUUAAUGCAGUUACAGUUUAUAGAUGUUUGUAGAAACUGAACAAUGUACAGAACGUGACACUGUGCCCAAGUAAAACAUGCUCUAUUUUUUUGCGCCACAUCCAAACAGUUUAAGGAUAAUUUCCCUGAGUUACUAAGGAUUUUGACACCCAAUCAAUUUCACCAUUUCUUGUGUUGAGAUAGUACUUCUAGUUUGUGGUUCUUGAAUUCAAAUACAGCAUAGCUGCUCCCUGCUAGGAGAUGCCUUGCUUUAAACAGAGCUAUGUGUAGAAGCCUUGUCAGUCUCAAGUGUCAGUUACAGUGCUUUAUUUUAUCUCUGCUGGGAUUGCAUGCAGAUAUUUUCCCAGCACAAAAAUAUUUGUUUUAGCACAAUAUGAGUUUCAGUUGCCUAUAUGUGUAGAGUUAAUGGUUGCCUUGAUUAAUUGUUGAAGCUACACUAUGUUCUUAAUAAACUGCUGGGGAAGUGUAUACUUUGUUCCUUGUCA